AUGACGGAAGAAAAUGCAACGCCACUCCAACCGCCUCAAACGCAAGAUGAUGAGAAGAAGGAAAUGUAUGCGGUUUGGGCGGUACCGGAAGAUGACGUAGAAGAUCGGCUUGUGAGGUUAAUGGAAGGUUUAAGGUCGGAGUUUGGUGGUCCAUCGUUUGACCCUCAUUUAACCCUCGUUGGACCACAAAAACUUACGGCCGAAGAGGCUAAACAAAUGUUUAAGGCGGCUUGUGAAGGUUUUAAGGCGUAUCCGGCCACCGUUGACCAUGUUUCCGCCGGAGCUUCUUACUUUCAGUGUGUUUAUGUGUCUUUCCGGCACACCGUUGAGGUGAUGAAUGCUGCCGGACAUUCAAUGGCUCACUUCAAACCCUUCACCGGAAAACUUUACGUGCCACAUAUGAGCAUACUCUACGGCGAUCUAACGGAGGAAGAGAAGAAGAAAGCGUUAGAGAAAGCUUAUAUGCUUGAUUCGAGUCUCGACGGAUUGAAUUUUCGAAUAAAUCGAGUUGCGUUAUGGAUGACCGAUUCAGACGUUGGAUCUUGGGUGAAAAUUGACGAACAUAAUCUAAUUUCUUAUAUGAAAUAA